AUGUCGCUGCUGGCACUCGGGAGUGAGGAGAAUAGCCGCGCGGUCGCCUCCACGGCCGGCGGCGGCAGCUCGGCGGCGGCCUCCCCGGCUGGCUCCUCUGAGGACGGCGAGUGGUUCCGCAUUUACGACCGGAUCGAGGCGCUGCUGCCGCGUGUCGAGGCGCUCGCUGGCGACCGCGCGCGCUUGGAGGAAGUCGCCGAGCUGUCGGAAGCCCGCGAGAAGAAACUCCACGCCCGCCUCCUCCAGGCGGAGGCCAGCAGGAUGCGCUGGAAGAGGGAGUACAUCGAGCUGCCGCUCUUGGCGAAUCCCAUGAUACCUAAACUCAAAGAGAUCGACUUGAAGGACCGCGGAACGUGUGAAGACGCUGAUAACUCGCAACUCAAGGAAGCUAGAACUUGUGUAGAGCUAAGGCAAAACAAUGAGAAUCAUGAGGGUGUUGCAGGGGAUUUAAGAGCAGAACUAAGAAAACUGAAGCAAGCUUACGAGGCUGUCUGCUUACACAAGGAUUCCUUGGUUAAGGAGAAAGACGAUGAAAUCCAAAAACUCAAAAAUGAGGCUGGUCAAAAGCGCAGAAAGACAGCCGAUGAUAUGCAUCAUGAACAGUGCACGAUGCAGAUCUUUGUCACGAUCCUUAAUCGCAAGACCAUCACUCUCGAGGUCAACGGGUUAGACACGAUCUGUGAUGUCAAGGCUAAGAUUGAAGACAAGGAGUGCGUCCCUCCAGUCCUACAGAGACUCAUGUUUGGUGAUAGGCUGUUGGUGGACAGCCGCACCCUUGAGUCCUACUACAUUCAGAGGGAAUCCACCCUCACCCUUCACCUUGUCCUCCAAGGGAUGCAUAUAGUUGUCAGCGCGCUUGAUGUUGAGAGAGCAGAUACCGUGAAGGCAAAGUUACUCGAGGAGACUCUUGAUGUUGAGAGAGCAGAUACCAUAUACAGUGUGAAGGCAAAGAUAUUCGAGGAGACUCUUGAUGUUGAGAGAGCAGAUACCAUAUACAGUGUGAAGGCAAAGAUAUUCGAUGAAACUGGCAUUGUCCCAGCUGAUCAGCACCUUGAGUUUGGUGGGAAGAAUCUGGAGGAGCGCCGCACCUUGACUGACUAUGGCAUACAAAAUGAUUCUACACUUAAUGUCGUGUAUAAUGCGUGGGUUGAUAAGAUACACAUCUCAGUCAGGGCACCAACUGGCAGGACCGUCAUCGAACAUUCUGCUAUGCGG